UUAAAAUAUAAGAAAUAGAAUUAACUCGACUGCAAGUGCAACAGGAACACAGGAUAGAAAAUUUGAAGGUAAUGGAGAGUGGUGAAGACUAUUCCCUGUUUGAGACUAGGAAAGACAAAGGAAGGCACAUUCGAAGGAUCUAUGCAAUCUCUUUGUUUGUGGCCAUAUGCUUCAUCUGGGCUUACAGAUUGAGCCACAUACCCGCAUAUGGCAAAUGGGCUUGGCUUGGUUUGUUUGCUGCAGAACUCUGGUCCGGUUUCUAUUGGCUCUUUGGUCAAGCCCUCCGCUGGAACAUGCUGUUCAGAAAAACCUUCAUCAAUAGACUCUCUGAAAGAUAUGAGAAUAGCUUGCCGAGAGUGGACAUGUUUGUGUUCACGGCAGACCCAAUCAUUGAGCCACCCAUGAUGGUGAUUAAUACAGUGUUAUCUGUGAUGGCUUAUGACUAUCCAGCAGAGAAGCUCAGUGUGUAUCUCUCGGAUGAUGCAGGCUCAGACAUAACUUUUUAUGCUCUUUUAGAGGCUUCUACCUUUGCCAAGCAUUGGGUGCCAUUCUGCAAGAGAUUUAAGGUGGAACCGAGGUCACCUGCUGCUUAUUUUAAUACCCUUGUAUCAACAAACUCACACGACCAUAACCAUGCCAAAGACUUAGAUGCCAUCAAGAAACUAUACGUAGAUAUGAAAAGACGAAUAGAAGAUGUAGUCAAGUUGGGUGGAGUACCCAGCGAAGCAAGAUCAAAGCAUAAUGGGUUUUCUCAAUGGGAUUCGUAUUAUUCUCGACAUGAUCACGAUACAAUCCUUCAGAUACUACUUCAUGAAAGGAACCCGCACAAUUCGAAGGAUGUAGAUGGGUUUGUUUUGCCAACUCUGGUGUAUAUGGCUCGUGAGAAGAGACCUCAAUAUCAUCACAACUACAAAGCUGGAGCUAUAAAUUCAUUGCUAAGAGUCUCUUCAAGGAUUAGCAACGCAAAAAUCAUUCUAAUCAUAGAUUGUGACAUGUACUCAAACCAUUCACAAUCAGUGAGAGAUGCCCUUUGUUUUUUCAUGGAUGAAGAGAAAGGCCAAGAAAUUGCUUUUGUGCAGUUUCCUCAAAAUUUUGAGAACCUCAGUAAGAAUGAUUUGUAUGGGAAUGCUAUAUCAGCAACUGUGGAGGUGGAGCUCCAUGGUGCGGAUGGUUAUGGUGGCCCUCUGUUUAUUGGAACUUGUUGCUUUCAUAGAAGAGACGCUUUAUGUGGGAAGAAGUUCAAUUCUCAAUACAAAAAUGAGUGGAAUGAUGAGAAUGAGAAAGAGGUGGUUAAAGCAAACUUGCAUGAACUAGAAGUGGAAUCGAAGGCACUAGCAAGCUGCUCCUAUGAGGAAAAUACUCUAUGGGGAAAAGAGAUUGGUGCAAUAUAUGGAUGUCUUGUGGAGGACGUGAUAACAGGGUUGUGGAUACAUUCGCAAGGAUGGAAAUCAAUAUACUACAACCCACCAAGGAAGGCUUUUUUUGGUAUUGCUCCAACUAACUUGCUUCACACACUAGUUCAACAAAAGAGGUGGGGUGAAGGUGACUUCCAAAUUUUGUUCACUGAGUAUAGUCCUACAUGGUAUGGUGAAGGAAAGAUCAAUUUAGGCCUACUAAUGGGAUAUUGGCGCUUUAACUAUUCGGCAACCACUUGUUUGCCAAUACUAUAUUACUCCUUCAUCCCUUCACUUUAUCUCCUUAAAGCCAUUCCCUUGUUUCCAAAGAUGUCUAGCCCAUGGUUCAUACCUUUCGCAUAUGUAAUACUCGGGGAGAGUUCUUCUACUUUGAUUGAGGGUUUGAUUUCUGGAGGCACAAUCAAGGGUUGGUGGAAUGACUUAAGGAUGUGGUUGUACAUAAGAACAAGUUCUUACCUUUUUGCUUUAAUAGACAUUGUCUGGAAAUUCUUUGGACGUUCAUAUUCAUCCUUUGCUGUCACAACUAAGAUUGUAGAAGAUGAUGAUGUUUCCCAACGUUACAAGAACGAGGUCAUGGAGUUUGGAACCUCUUCUCCAUUUUUCACUGUACUAGCAACACUUGCAUUACUCCAUUUGUUUUGCUUACUAGCCACUAUAAAAGAGUUAGUCCUUUGCAAAGUUGCUUUGACUGGUGAGAAAAUGGCAUUGCAAGUUCUAUUGUGUGGGUUUUUGGUUCUCAUCAAUUUCCCAAUAUACCAAGGCCUUUUCUUAAGGAAGGACAAGGGCAGAUUGCCAAGCUCUCAUACUAUUAAAUCUACUACACUGGCUUUAAGUGCAUGCAUCUUCUUCAAAAUAUGGAAUUAACUAUAUUAAGGUAUUUGCAUGCCAACUUGAUUGCCAAUACAAAAUGGAUGGGCCAUGGACAAGGAGUCAUUCUUCACGGGCUUUCAGCAAAAAGGAUCAUCAACAAAAAGAACAAAUGGAUAAAAUGAAUAUACAUUGAAAUCAGAGAAAUCUAAAAGUUGUGGAAUUUAAAGACUAUAUGAUUAAACAUGACUUAAAUGAAUUGAUUACUAUUACAUAUAUCAA